CCCGAGCCCCUUCUCCACCACCGCCAUUUUGCGGGGGUGCAAACCGAGCAGUUACAUCUCUUCAAUUCAUGACUGUGUGGCUACUGCGUCACCCCGCAACGAUGAUAUGCCGAAGCACGCGGGCGAUCAGUUCCCCGACCGCGGGCGCUUUCCGUCCAUACAACGGCGGUAUAUAUCUCAGCCAAAUCCAUAUCUUCGCCCAUUCAAUCCCUUGCGUGUAUCUUCCUUGUGCAGGACCUUCUACUCUAGGCAUUUCCAAUUUCCAUUGACCGCCAUUGUUUAAGUGGUGAAACAUAGCACAAUAUCGGCUCAACUGCAGGCUUCCAUAGCAUCCUACUACCUCCAUCGGACAAGAUGGCGAGGGAGAGGCAGUUGUCUGCACAGCAGAUUUCUGAGCACAAGACGCCCGACGACUGCUGGAUUGUGGUAGACAACCAGGUGUGGGAUGUGACGGAUUUCUUGGAAGAGCAUCCGGGAGGAUCGUCAAUUAUCCUGAAGUACGCCGGACGCGAUGCCACCAAAGCAUACUCUGAAGUUCAUGCUCCCAGUGUCAUCAAGUCACACCUAUCACCAGAGCGAAAUAUGGGAGUGCUGGAUGUAGCGACAAUUAAUGAGGACUGGUUGAAGCAACCGCCCACUCAGAACCCGCCCUUGCUUCUGGAGAAUGAAAAGCCACCGCUAGAUACCUUGAUCAAUUCCCACGACUUCGAAUUGGUAGCAUCAAAAACUGCCAGUAAGAAAACAUGGGCGUUCUAUUCCAGUGCUUCAACAGACCUGAUUACGAGGGAUGCGAACAAGCUGUGCUUUGAUCGUAUAUGGCUCCGACCGAGAAUCCUAAAGAAUGUGCGAUCAGUCGACACGAAGACCAAGCUGCUUGGCGUCAAUACCGAGCUUCCGCUCUUCGUUAGCCCAGCAGCAAUGGCGAAGCUCAUCCAUCCAGACGGCGAGUUGGGAAUUGCUAAAGCUUGUGAGAACAAAGGCAUUUUCCAAGGGGUCUCCAAUAAUUCCUCCUAUCCCCUCGAUGAGCUGCGCAGUGCUGCACCAUCGGUAAAUAUGUUCUUUCAGCUAUACGUGAACCGCGAUCGUGCAAAGUCCGCUGCUCUCCUUCGCCAAUGCUCCGCCAAUCCCAACGUCAAAGGUAUCUUCAUCACGGUGGAUGCCGCCUGGCCUGGGAAGCGGGAAGCAGAUGAGCGUGUAAAAGCCGACGAAACACUAUCGGUCCCAAUGGCGCCAUCCAAAGCAAAGAAUGACAAGAAAGGUGGCGGUCUGGGACGAGUAAUGGCAGGAUUCAUUGAUGCCGGACUGACCUGGGAGGAUAUGGCGUGGGUGCGACAGCAUACACAUUUGCCCGUAUGCCUGAAAGGUGUGAUGUCCGCUGAUGAUGCGAUCCUUGCCAUGGAAGCCGGGCUCGACGGCAUCCUGUUGAGCAACCAUGGCGGGCGGAAUCUCGAUACCAGCCCACCUUCCAUUGUCACUCUAUUGGAGCUACACAAGCGGUGCCCGGAGAUUUUCGAUCGGAUGGAGAUUUACGUCGAUGGUGGUAUUCGGCGGGGAACAGACAUUCUCAAAGCAGUGUGUCUGGGCGCAACAGCGGUUGGAAUGGGACGCAGCAUGCUGUUUGCAACUAACUAUGGACAGGAGGGUGUAGAACAUUUGAUUGACAUCAUGAGAGACGAGCUCGAGACAGCCAUGCGCAAUGUAGGAAUUACUAGCCUCGACGAGGCUGGUCCCCACCUAGUCAACACAGGUGAUAUAGAUCACCUGGUCCCCAACUCAGCCACCCAUCCCUACGCACGAAUGGUAGCUAAAGGACGACGUCCCACUGGACCGAAGCUAUGAUAUGAAUGAUGAGAGUUAGCUAUAAGGUCUUAGACAGUUUGGUAAAUACAGAAACGCAUCCUCACCGCUUAGAUAGUCGCAAAAUAUCCCCAUCUUAAGCCGCGGACGUGAGGAUCUCUGAUUGGGUAGACUCAAGACUCCUUGAGCACCAUUCUGCGUAUCACUACGAAACAAGCUAAACAAUUGCAUGGAUUCAAGUGGUACUGACAUAGAAGGGCUAAGUUCAUUGCCAGUAGUACCUGAAAUGUCGGCAAUUAAACAAGUUGAG